UUCUCAUUAAUCGCAAAACGAUGGGCUCAGAUUCAAUCACAUGAUCCAUUACUCACUCCAUUCCUUAACAAUGAUCGUAAUAUUCAUUACUCAUCAUCAAAAGAUUUAUACAAAUUACGGUACUUAUACACUUUGCUCAAAGUACUAAUCACUUUACCACAAACUAGUUUCAAUCUUUGUCAGCUAUUUUAGUCAGCCCGCAGCGGAGGGAAGACCAAGUGGUGACUUUCAGACCUACCAUUCCUCUCUAUCUCUCUCUAAUUUCUCUCUCCUUUUGUAUAUAAACACCAACCAUAUGUACAUUACACACUCCAUCCACAAGCCUCCCUACUUCUUUUGUGUGGCAAAUUCGAACUCAGCAUACCGCAACCAACCUAAAAAGCCACUAGGAUUGCGAUGUCGGACCGCGGCGUGGUGGCGGUGUACGACAACUGCAGCUCGGAGCUGCUGGAGCAGUCGUCGACGGCGGGGAACAAGAAGGCACCGUCUACGGCGUUCUCGGUGAAGGCCGGGCUGGCGCAGAUGCUGCGCGGGGGCGUGAUCAUGGACGUGGUGGACGCCGAGCAGGCGCGCAUCGCCGAGGAGGCGGGCGCCUGCGCCGUCAUGGCCCUGGAGCGCGUCCCCGCCGACAUCCGCGCCCGCGGCGGCGUCGCCCGCAUGAGCGACCCCGCUCUCAUCAAGGACAUCAAGCGCGCUGUCACCAUCCCCGUCAUGGCCAAGGCCCGCAUCGGCCACUUCGUCGAGGCCCAGAUCCUCGAGUCCCUCGGCGUCGACUACGUGGAUGAGAGCGAGGUGCUGACUCCUGCGGAUGAGGCCCACCACAUCAACAAGCACGCGUUCCGCGUCCCCUUCGUCUGCGGCUGCCGCAACCUCGGCGAGGCGCUCCGCCGCGUGCGCGAGGGCGCGGCCAUGAUCAGGACGAAGGGCGAGGCCGGGACGGGCAACGUCGUGGAGGCGGUGCGCCACGUGCGCGCCGUGAUGGGCGAGGUGCGGGCGCUGCGCGGCAUGGAGGAGGACGAGGUGUUCGCGUACGCGAAGCGCAUCGCCGCGCCCUACGAGCUGGUCAUGCAGACGAAGCAGCUGGGCAGGCUGCCCGUGGUGCAGUUCGCGGCGGGGGGCGUGGCGACGCCUGCCGACGCCGCGCUCAUGAUGCAGCUCGGCUGCGACGGCGUGUUCGUCGGCUCCGGGAUAUUCAAGAGCGGCGACCCCGCGCGGCGGGCCCGCGCCAUCGUCCGGGCCGUCACGCACUACAACGACCCCGACGUGCUCGCCGAGGUCAGCUCCGGCCUCGGCGAGGCCAUGGUCGGCAUCAACCUCGCCGACACCAAGGUCGAGCGCUUCGCCGCCCGCUCCGAAUAACAAUAACGAUAAACAAUUCGAUCGCGCAUUUUGCCGAUCCAAUACAGCUAGCCUAUACAGAUUAUCAAUAGCGAAUUUGAAUUGUUUGCUGAAGAUUAUUAUUAUUAUUAUAUAUAUACCGCAGUUGAAUGCGGAUGU